AUGCACCUCUCCAUCUACACACCUCCUCACCAACACACCUCUCCAUCUACACACCUCCUCACCAACACACCUCUCCAUCUACACACCUCCUCAACUAUACACCUCUCCAUCUACACACCUCCUCACCAACACACCUCUCCAUCUACACACCUCCUCACCUAUACACCUCUCCAUCUACACACCUCUCCAUCUUCAAACCUCCUCACCUACACACCUCUCCAUCUACACACCUCCUCACCAACACACCUCUCCAUCUACACACCUCUCCAUCUACACACCUCACCUAUACACCUCCUCACCUAUCCACCUCUCCAUCUACACACCUCCUCACCAACACACCUAUCCAUCUACACACCUCUCCAUCUAAACACCUCCUCACCUAUACACCUCUCCAUCUACACACCUCCUCACCUAUACACCUCUCCAUCUACACACCUCCUCACCUAUACACCUCUCCAUCUACACACCUCUCCAUGUACACACCUCCUCACCAACACAGCUCUCCAUCUACACACCUCCUCACCAACACACUUCUCCGUCUACACACCUCCUCACCUAUACACCUCUCCAUUUACACACCUCCUCACCAACACAGCUCUCCACCUACACCUCUCCAUCUAUACACCUCCUCACCUAUACACCUCUCCAUCUACACACCUCUCCAUCUACACACCUCUCCAUCUACACACCUCCUCACCAACACACCUCUCCAUCUACACACCUCCUCACCAACACACCUCUCCAUCUACACACCUCCUCACCAACACACCUCUCCAUCUACACACCUCUCCAUCUACACACCUCCUCAACUAUACACCUCUCCAUCUACACACCUCUCCAUCUUCAAACCUCCUCACCUACACACCUCUCCAUCUACACACCUCCUCACCAACACACCUCUCCAUCUACACACCUCUCCAUCUACACACCUCACCUAUACACCUCCUCACCUAUCCACCUCUCCAUCUACACACCUCCUCACCAACACACCUAUCCAUCUACACACCUCUCCAUCUAAACACCUCCUCACCUAUACACCUCUCCAUCUACACACCUCCUCACCUAUACACCUCUCCAUCUACACACCUCCUCACCUAUACACCUCUCCAUCUACACACCUCUCCAUGUACACACCUCCUCACCAACACAGCUCUCCAUCUACACACCUCCUCACCAACACACUUCUCCGUCUACACACCUCCUCACCUAUACACCUCUCCAUUUACACACCUCCUCACCUAUACACCUCUCCAUUUACACACCUCCUCACCAACACACCUCUCCAUCUACACACCUCUCCAUCUACACACCUCCUCACCAACACACCUCUCCAUCUACACACCUCCUCACCAACACACCUCUCCAUCUAAACACCUCCUCACCUAUACACCUCUCCAUCUACACACCUCCUCACCUAUACACCUCUCCAUCUACAAACCUCCUCACCUAUGCACCUCUCCAUCUACACCCCUCCUCACCAACACACCUCUCCAUCUACACACCUCCUCACCAACACACCUAUCCAUCUACACACCUCUCCAUCUAAACACCUCCUCACCUAUACACCUCUCCAUCUACACACCUCCUCACCUAUACACCUCUCCAUCUACACACCUCUCCAUGUACACACCUCCUCACCAACACAGCUCUCCAUCUACACACCUCCUCACCAACACACUUCUCCGUCUACACACCUCCUCACCUAUACACCUCUCCAUUUACACACCUCCUCACCAACACACCUCUCCACCUACACACCUCCUCACCAACACACCUCUCCAUCUACACACCUCUCCAUCUACACACCUCCUCACCAACACACCUCUCCAUCUACACACCUCCUCACCAACACACCUCUCCAUCUAA